CCUCAAUCAGACUGAAAGCGCUGCUUGUUCCCGUUGGCCCGAACGAAGCGCCAUUACCAGCGGGACUGAAGCACCAAACCUUUGAAGCUCCGGCUCGACCUCGAGCAGAUUUGCUUUCGAUCCAGAUCACCUAAACCUCGACAAGUGUCCUCGACACACAAGAGUCGCCCGUUACUAUGGCGACCCGUUAUUCUCUCCGGCAGACGCCGAGGAAGAAGGAGCUCUUUGACGGCUUGGUCGAGACGCCAAAGAGGCAGUCCACGCGCGCUCGCCAAUCCUCACAAGCCCCCGAAUCCUCAGACGCGCAAGACUCAGCCGAGCCGGCCCCUCGCGAGCGCAUCACCCGCCGACGAACCGCCAAGUUCAUUGAGAACUUGGACGAGGAGGACGAGGAUCCCAAGCCCACCGCCAAUGGCCACACCAAUGGCCACACCAACGGCCACGCGAACGGACAUGCCAAUGGCCACAGUAACGGCGCCGCGCCGAACGGCAAGGACGUCGCUCACACGAACGGGACAUCGGCCGGGACCAAGGUGGUGGACGGCUGGUUGCCGGGCCAGGACCCCAAGAUUGACUACUCGGGCGAGUUCGAGUUCGGCGGCUCGCUCGGUACCGCCACCAUGAUGAUCUUCUUCCCCAUCCUCAUGUGGUACAUGUGGAUUGGCGCCACCUUCUACGACGGCAAGUUUCCCUCUCGAGCUCCCGGCCAGAGCUGGGCUGAGUUCGGAGCUCACCUGUUGAACCUCGUCUACACCCAUGGGUUCCCCCACGCAAAGGCUUGGCUGUGGUACUGGAGCUACCUCGUCUUCGAGGGCGCGUGCUACUGCCUGCUUCCCGGCGUCUGGGGCAAGGGCAAGCCUCUCCCCCACGAGGGCGGCAAGCAGCUCGACUACUUCUGCAACGCCUAUGUCAGCCUGUACACCACCCUGGCCGUCCUCGCCGGCCUGCACUUCUCCGGCAUCUGGCCCAUCUACACGGCCCUCGACGAGUUCGGCCCGCUGCUGUCCGUCGCCAUCUGCAGCGGCUUCCUCGUCAGCUUCGUCGCCUAUUUCUCCGCCAUCUGGAGGGGCAAGCAGCACCGCAUGACGGGCUACCCCAUCUACGAUUUCUUCAUGGGUGCCGAGCUGAACCCUCGCAUGUUUGGCAUCCUCGACUUCAAGAUGUUCUUCGAGGUCCGCAUGCCCUGGUACAUUCUGCUUAUCCUGAGUCUCGGCGCGGCUGCGCGCCAGUACGAGCAGUAUGGCUACGUCUCUGGCGAGGUCAUGUUCCUCGUCAUGGCGCACUACCUCUACGCCAACGCCUGCGCCAAGGGCGAGGAGCUCAUCAUCACGACCUGGGAUAUGUACUACGAGAAAUGGGGCUUCAUGCUCAUCUUCUGGAACCUCGCCGGCGUCCCCCUGUCCUACUGCCACUGCACCCUCUACCUGGCCAACCACGACCCCGCCACGUACCGCUGGAACCGCUACGCCCUCGUGGCCAUGUACGUCUGCUACCUCUUCUGGUACUGGGUCUGGGACAGCUGCAACAGCCAGAAGAACCGCUUCCGCGCUAUGGAGAAGGGCAACCUCAUCCAGCGCAAGACCUUCCCCCAGGUCCCCUGGCAGACGCUCAAGAACCCCAAGACCAUCGAGACCCCGCAGGGCACCAUCCUCGUCGACGGCUGGUAUGGCCUCGCUCGCAAGAUCCACUAUACUUCGGAUCUGUGGUUCUCUUUGUCCUGGGGCCUCAUCACCGGCUUCGAGAGCCCCUUUCCCUGGUUCUACCCCGUCUUCUUCGCAUGCAUGAUUGCGCACCGCGCGCACCGAGACAUUACCCGCUGCCGCGCCAAGUACGGCGAGGCCUGGCUCGAAUAUGAGCGACAGGUUCCUUACCUCUUCAUUCCCUAUGUCAUCUAAAGAGCAUUCGCUCAUUGUACCGAGAUCUGCUUCUCCCGUACAUAUACAUCUAAAGAGUCACCUCUCUCUGACAAGGAGAGGGUUUCUAAUUUCUCAGCAAGCAUGCGAAAUAAUAAUGCGCAAAAGGAAGGGGAGGGAAUGAUAAGAACGGUCAGACUGGGAUCAGGGAAUUAGAAAAUCAUCUAUAACCAUUAAUGUUUGUAUUACGUGUUGAAGAAGGACGACGAAACGGCUUUAGUAGCAUUAAUCAACGAUUGGCGUGGCGUAUC